AGAAUCGAUAGAACAAAGAGCUUUUCAAGAAAUCGGCCAUUCGCUAACAUCGUUGAAAAUAUCUCAUGGAUUGUCAUCACAAAUGACUCAGUUGCCUGACCUUCGUGAAUUAACUUCUUUAAGUGAACUCGAUUUAAGUAAUAAUCGAUUGAAAUUUAUCGGAGAUACUUCGUUCCAUUUCUUGAAGAAUCUUCGUAUCUUAGAUUUGAAUGACAAUCAAAUAGAUUUGCUUCAUAAGGGAUUAUUUCAAAGAGAUAUUCAUCAUAAGCUUGAAGAAAUAUCGAUUGAGUUCAAUAACUUGCGUCUUAUUAGCACUCAUAAUUUUGUUGACUUAGAGAAACUCCAUUAUAUUAGUUUACGAGAUAAUAGAAUUGAACGACUAGAACGACGUGCUUUUAUGAAUUUAGACAACUUGCGACAUUUAAGCUUACGAGGAAAUAAGUUAUCGAGUAUUUCAGACGAAGCAUUUCAAAAUCUUCCAGCACUUGGAAUUCUAGAUUUAGCAUACAACAGCUUAAGAAGCUUUGAUUUCGAUUAUUUCGACCAAGUCGGAACACUCAAACAUCUUUUAGUUAAUGUUAGUCAUAAUCAUAUUAUGGAACUCACUGACAACACUUCCAGCUAUUCAAAUUUCAGAGAACAAGAUCCAUGCAAUGAUUUCAUUUCAGGAAGUUCUAUUCAUCAUUCAAACAUUAAAAUCCUAGAUUUAUCGUUCAAUAACAUAUCAAGGAUAAGCCCGGGAUAUUUUAAGCCUACAGAACUUUCUCUUAUAAGUCUUAACUUAGCAUAUAAUGUUAUAAUGAACACAAGUCGAGACAUAUUUGGCAACUUCUUACGUCUUCAAAUACUCGAUUUAUCAAAUAAUUUCAUAGAAUACAUCGUACCAGACACGUUCAGAAAUUCAAGGAAAAUUCAAGUUCUUAAUUUAGCUCACAAUGAACUUACUGACAUUGCACCAGACACAUUUAGAACUCUUGGCGAUUUAAGAAUCGUUGAUUUGUCAUUUAAUCUUCUUAGAAGUAUCCCUGAUUCACUUUUCAUUGGGGAUGACUUGGAAAGACUUGAUUUGUCUCAUAAUCAAUUAACAAAAAUUCCUGUAACAUCACUAACAAAUGUAGCAGCUCUUACAUUGUGUGAACUUGAUUUGUCAUUCAAUCAUAUUGGAGCUAUUCAUAGUAUGGAUUUAUCAAAUAAAUUCCGACGAUUAACAAAGCUUGAUUUAUCGAACAACCGUCUUGCAAGACUCGAAGAUGCUGCUUUUGCUACCCUGCCAAAUAUUGCCAUUCUUGAUUUAUCCAAUAACAACGAACUUGAAGUCUAUGGACGUGUUUUCAUUGGCCUGGAGAAAAACUUGAUGGAUCUGUCGCUUAAUAACAUUUCAAUUAUUCAAAUGCCUGAUAUAGCUUUGCCUAAUCUCAGAGUAUUGUCCAUCUCUCAUAAUGAAUUACCUUCAAUUUCACCAGAGAUUGCAGCAAAUUUAACAUCACUCAGAGAUUUGGAUUUGUCUGAAAACGACCUUACAACUGUUCCUUUAAUGACACAUUAUUUGCCGUUUUUACGCUCUCUUUCAUUAGCUGGAAAUCCUAUAACAUUAUUAUCUAAUACAAGCCUUUUAGGACCUGCAAAAACACUUGAAUAUUUGGAUAUUUCACAUUUGCAACUUGUGGUGAUAGAAAAUGGAAUUUUAAACAAACUUCGUAAUUUGCGAUCAUUACGAUUAUCUACAUAUCCAGGGUUAACAGAUUUCAAUAUUCCAACAAUACUUGAUGGUGUUGAAAAUAUUCGGGAAUUGUGGAUUGAAUCGCCAGCAUCGAAGUUAGUGAAAAUUGUAUCGAAAGAAGGAGUUGAAACUUAUAAGAACGUACAGGAAACUGCUAGCGAUCUUCGUUCUGAACUUUAUGGAACACUUCCAAGGAAAAUAAGAACGUUGACAAUCGGUGGUGCUGGCUUCACUCGACUUGCUGAUGGAAUUUUUGAUGCUGUUCAAGCUUCAUCUCUUCAUUUGGUUCUUUUUAAUACAACUUUAAGUGGAUUACCACCAACAAUGUUUCAUAGAGUUGGAAGAGUUUACAAUCUUUCUAUCGAAAUUGAUUCAAACAAUAAACUAUUCAAGAAGAUACCAAAUCCAAACUCAGCAGAAUAUCCCAACAUGCCCGACAGAAUUCUCUUAACAGAUUUGGCAAUUCAUUACACUUCAUUAUCAUGCGAUUGUGAACUUGGUUGGGUUGAAUAUUGGCAGAGAAAGAAGCGUCAAUAUUUCUGUUCUUAUGAUCAAUGGGAAGAUGAAGUCAAUGUUAAAAGCGAAUUUUACAAGCCAAAUAAUUGUGAUACUUUUUAUCACGACGAUGAUCUUCGUCUUGCGAGAUGUUCUAAUAAAAAUGGAGAACGACUUUUGGAAAUUUUGAAGACAGAAUUAGAAUGUGGAUGGAGUGCCGGAACUAAGCAGGAAAUUAAUAUUUUUGCAUUCUCUGUUUUCGCUAUCGUAUUUAUUUUAGCUCAAUUAUGACUUAUGUAUUACUUAUUUAUUGAAUUUUCAAAGUUUUACGACUAUUUGGAAAAAUUGUACGGUGGAAAACUUUGAAUUUGAAAUUCUGAUAAAAAUAAAAGUUGAAAAUAAAAAAUCGAUUAAUUCUCAAGACAAAUUGUUUGUGCAAAGUGAGUUUAUUAAAAAUAUUUAUUUAUUUUUCAAUAUAUUGCAAGUUAUUUAGUUACAAAAUGGUUAAUCAGUACGAAUUAGUUAAAGGCAUAUAGGUAAUAAAAAAAAACAGAUUUGAAAUCAUUCAGGGAGGCUUUCAGUGCAUGAGCAUGAUUUCGAAUAAAUUCAGGAAGACAAUGAAUUAAUUUAAGGCACAAAGAUGGGAAGAUGAUAAAUAAAUAAAUAUUCAAUCACUUGAUGAUUCCAUUAUAUUAUUUUCAAAUGGUUCAGAUAAUAUCAUAAGAUCUUCUGCAAUAUUCUUUCCGUCAACUGAAAUAUCUAUUUCAACUGGAUUUCCCGGUUCAACCAUGGAUACAUUGACUAUAGUUGCUCCAUUGUCACAGAUCUCAAUAAAUUUCUUUUCAGCAGCUUCACUGUAAUCUUUUAUCCCUUUUGGUUUAGAUAAACAACAAUGUUUAGACAUUGCAGGAAGUUCUAUUAUUGUUUGUUCGGCUAUUAAACCAAUUUUCUCAACAAGACAAACAUUUCCAAAGUCGAUGAACUUUACCAUGAAUGAUUUAUCCUCAAUUGAUUCGAUUUUCGAACGAUACCAACAAUUAUCAUCUGGAAAAAGCGCUGCAACGAUGUCACCUUCUUUACCAUCAAUUUUUUCAAAGUUGCCCUUAGUUUCUUCAAAGUAUUGUGAAAUUAGAUCCAAUUUCAAUUGAUCAAUCUCAAAUUGAAGAUAAAAUGAAGACAAUGAAUUGAUAUGCGAUGUAUAACCACGUCCAUCUUCAAUCGUAUCUAAACGAUGUGCGAAUCCGUUUUGAAUUAACUUCUCAGUUAGACUUUCAGACUCAACGAACAAAUCGAUAUAACAUUUCUUUUCCAUUCGUUGUUUGCAUACAAAUAAAGAAUGAAGCACAUUAUCCAUGAGUGUUAUCAUCAUCGUUGUUGCAUUGUCUUCAUUCUUUCUCUCAAGUCGUACAGGCAAUGAACAUAAAAUACCAAAGAAUUUUCUCUCUUCUAGUGCAUUUGGCAUUACCUUUAAACAUUUGUCGUCAACUGAAAAUGUUUUUCCAUCAUCAACACUUCGAACAGUCACCAUGAUGUUUUGAUCAUUUUCAUCAUUGUCAAUGAUCUUUGCACGAUACCAACAAGAAUCAAAUGGUUGCUUAGCUAAACAUAGUGUGCCUUCUUCAAACACUUUCAAAGUAGAAGCAUUUGAUGCAAUAAUUUGAAUGUCAGCAUGGAAUUGUUUGAACGCAUUGAAAUCAUCAACUCGAGAAAUAUAGAAAUCUGUUGGACUUGUAAUUGCCGUAAUUUUUACUGCAACUUUUUCUUCUUUGACAUUUUCAGUUGUUUCCAAAGAUAUCUUUUCCUCUGGUUCUUGGUUUACCUCUAAUGAUUUUUCAAUUGGUUUACUAGCAAUUUUGUUAUUUUUCUUUCUUUUUUCAGGCGAUUUUCUUGCAGCUUUAUCAUUCACAGAUUCAUCUUUCUCAGCACCACAAGAAUUCAAAAUUUUUUCAAGUUCAUCCAACGAAAUUUUCUGAGCUUUUUUACGUUUAAUUAACUCAUCGAUGACAUUCUUAUUCGUGAUCUGGUCAAUUGGUUCUAUUAUGAAUCCACUUUUAAAUGGUUGAACGACUUUAAAUGUGAACUCUUUUGCACCAUUUUCAAAAAUCUUCAACAUUUCAUUGAACAAAUAUUUAUCAUUGGGAUCAUUCGGUUUUAUUAAGAAGAAACAUUCCACAACAAGAUCGCCAAUCUUCACAAACUUGUCGUCUAGUACUCGAACUUUGGAUUUGUGAAUAAUCUCAGAAUUUCCGUAUUCACGAUGGAAGACUUUUAUUUUAUCACCUGCUUGAAAUGCUCCGAUACGACUCCGAUACCAGUUGCCAUCAUUACUGCGAGUUGCACAAUCCAUCCCAAUUUGUGGAUCCUUCAGAACUGGCCCUGAGUUUUUAUUCUCAUAGAAUGCAAACAUUUCAUCCAGAAUCUUUUCCAAUCCUUCAAUGUGUUCAUCAUAGUGAACAAAUGCUGUAUUGAUGGAAAGAAGAGUUGAAACCCAACCAGAUUUUUGGUUGUCAUUCUUUUGUUUUUGAACAUUCGAUCUAUCAGGAGACUUCUGAGUAUUCGAUGCGCUGCCAUCGUUUCUUAUUACUUUUCCAAAAUGAGUUCUUUGACUUUGUUGCAUUUUGCUUGUAUCAGAUUGACUGUUGAUGUUAUUUCUCUGGGAACCUUUGCUAACAAAAUUAAUUCCUGGACCACCACGUGUGGAAUUAUUGCCUCGGUUUUGAUCAAGAUUGUCAUUUGAAGUUGCUUUCGUUGUUCGUCCGUCUUUUUUCGAUGAAUCCUUUUGACGUUUCAUUGCGUUUUCAAGUUGAAUUGUUUCAAUCAACGGACGACUAUUUUUAAGCAAUAAUUUAUUAACAUUUACACUAGGCAUUACUGAUGUAUCUUCUAAUUCAGCUGAAUAAGAGUUGUUGACGAUUUCAUGAGCUGUCAUCUUGAAUGUUUUUCUUUCACCUGUUCCAUCACCGCAAAAUAUGUCAAAUUGUGUGCUGAUAUUAUCAGAAAUCUCCAUAUUUUCGAAUCCUUUUAAGAAAGCUUGAUGAGCGAAUGGGGGAUCCUUGAAAAAGUAUUCAGGCAGCAAACGAACUUGCUUCGGAGUUACUUCUUCGACAAUUCCAAAAUCAACGACUUUGACUUGUACAAUGUUAUUUUUAAUGCCAACGAUUUGAACUCUAUACCAUUCCUCACUGAGAAAAGCUGCACAGCAACUUCCUACUUUCGGAUAUCGAUAAAGUGGAGCAUGACACAUAAAUUUGAAUAAAUCAUCACAAAGAGAAUCAUAUGCAUUCACAAUGUCCGGUUGUUGUACGUGAACAUAAAAUUCUUUUGUCGAAUCAACAUAAGAAACUUUGACUUUUAAAGGAGUUUUCAAGUCAAGCUUUGGCUGAGGAAGAAAUUUAAGUUCAUUGCUGUAUGGAUUCCAUCGUUUCAACUUCUCAUAAAUGCUUAUCUUAUUAUCAUCAAAUAACUCACAGUAUUGUGAGAUUGGAGGUCCAUCUGACGGAACGCAUUUCAAAGUCAUCAUUUGAUUCUCUGUCAAUAACCGGAAAUAAAACUGUAAUUCUUCAGGCGAUGCUUGCAUAUCUUUAGAGUCAUAUCGAUUGAGACAAAAAGGAAUUGCGAAUGUUGUUUGAUCAGCAAAUUCUUCCGGAAUGUGAAAUAAAUUUUCUUCUUUAAUGAAUGCAUUGUAGCCAAAAUCUACGAAAUUUACGUAGAAAUUACUUUGUGAUGAAUUCUGAGGUAUUUUUGCAAUAGCGGCGCGGUAAAUUUGUUUCUCAUGUUUAGCAAGACAUGCUAAUCCGAUUGAGUUUGGACUGUCUUUAAAAUGUCGAAGUUCUGCUUUCUGAAGUUUCUCAGAAAACUUUUUGAAAUCAUUAUCAGAUGACUCUAGUUGAACAUAAAACAUAAAUGGGCCCUUCUCGUAAUGUGUGAUCUUAACUUUCUUCACUGACUGGAAUGCCAAAACACUGGUUUUGAAUGUUGUCUUGAGAUUGCCUGCACUUUUAUUAACUUCAGAAAAUCGUGGUGGUGCUGGUCUCGACAAAUUUCGAGUUAUUGGACGGAUUUGAUUCUUCAUAUUUUUAUCGCUCAUCUUUGAAUUUUAUAGAAUGCAAUGCUAUCUAUGCUAAAAUUUAAUGUACAAACUUGAACAAACUUGU